AUGAUGCACGGUGAAUACGAAUCAAUGAAAGCCAUUGCCAAAUACAGUCUUGAUUUUGUACCGCACCCCAUUGCCUGGGGCACGUUUGCAUCCGAUCCGAACUUGCAUUUCAUGAUUGAGCAGUUCAGGGAAAUGGACCGAGAGGUCCCGGACAUGGACCCGACGUGUUCGGCACUAGCAGAAAUGCAUCUGCAGUCGCACUCAGCGAAGAUCAAAAGAUUCGGCUUCGACAUUACCACAUACAACGGGCGCCUGGCUCAGGACAACGCGUGGACCGAGAAAUGGGAAGACUUUUUCGUCCAGCAGCUGCAGGGCAUGCUCGCACAGGAAAUCGAGUCCCAGGGUCCACAGACAGAUGAAAUGCAGGCGCUGCUGCAAGAGAUCUUCGACAGGGUCAUUCCACGCCUUCUGCGGCCCAUGGAGACCGACGGCCAUCGAAUCACCCCAACAUUGAUUCACGGCGACUUCUGGCACGGCAAUGUGUCUACGGAUGUGGACACGGGAAACCCGGUCACCUACGACGCCAGCUCGUUCUGGGGCCACAAUGAGUACGACAUCCGCACCAUGACCAAGCGCGCCAGGUACAAGUUUGGCCCAACCUGGCAGCGCGAAUACCUCAGGCAUUACCCGGCCGCUUAUCCGCAGGAAGACUUUGAGGCGAGGAGCGAGUUAUAUAUUCUGAGAUCCAAGGUCCAUGACUCUGCCCUGUUUUCCAACAACUCCAAGUUUCGGGAUAUCUUGAUCCAGCAUGCGAGAUCGCUAGUGGACACGUAUAGUGAG